AUGAAGGGUGUGUUUUGGCUUCUAGUUGUAUCAGUGGUGAUUGCAUCAUGGAUUCCUCUUUCACACUGCGCCAAAAAACCGGUUGGGAUCGCUAGAAAGGAGGAUGUACCGUACAUAAAGUGUCAAGUUUGUGAGAUACUUGCAAAACAGUUGUAUCAGCAAGUUCAGAGCAAGAAAGCUGAGAUUUCCCCCAAGAAGAUCUCAGAGUACCAAAUCAUUGAGAUAGCAGAGAAUGUUUGUAAUCUGAAAAAGGUUGAAGCAGAUUGGAUAUUGCGUAUAGAUAUUGUAGAAAAAGCAGAUAGGUUGGAGGUUUUGGGAUAUUCUGAUACCGAUGUUGCUGAAUAUCUAUAUAGUUCCAAGCCUGAUAUUGACUCAUUAACCAAUUAUCUGUGCAAAGACCUUAGCAAAGCAUGCAAUACCAAGCCACCCCCUGUCCCUAAGGACAGGACUCCUGGUGAACCAUUUGUUGCAAAGUCUUCUAAGGAGGCUGAAAUGGAAAAGCUUCUAAAAUCUAUGGAGGGCAUGCCAGGAGCGCCCGGCAUGAAAAUGUACUCAAGAGAUGAUUUAAUGAAAAAGAAUUUCGGUGCUGAAAAUGAAGAUGACGAUGAAGAUGAGGAUGAGGAAGAAGAUGAGGCAGACUUUCCUUCAAAAUUGGGAAAAGUUUUGAAAUCAAAAGAAAAUGAAAAAGGUGAUUGGAAACAGAAGAUAAGAAAAGGAAUUGUGGACACGGGCACGACACUUAAGAAACAUGCAACCAAAGUUUCCAAUCAUAUUCAACGGUGGUGGAAGGGAAAGAAGACAACCUCUUCAAAGAAGAAUUCGAAGUCAGAGCUUUAG